AUGGCAGCCGUGGAAGGAGCUGACUCGCGGAGCCCUGCGGGACCCCGUGGGCCUCUCUGGCCUUGGGACGGGCACCAGGCCGCACCUGCUUCUCCGUGGGGGCAGCCCGAGGAGAGCCCCUCGCCCCGCUGGGCCUGGCCAGCGCCCCCGCGAGCCGCCCUCCGUGGCCGCCGUGCCCGCUGCGGGUCUGCCCCCAGCAGAGGAGCCCGAGCCCGUCUCCUUGCCUGCUCCUCUGCAGCCGGGACCCUGCACCCCGCCUGGAAGCCCAGCAAGAGGCCCGAGGCCUUGGGGCCUGGGUCCUUGGCGGGUCGUUCUUGCGCUCGCUCAGGAGCUGCGGAGGGAAGGCCACGGCCGCCCGGGGAGCUGGGCCCGCCCUCGGCGUUCGCGGCCUCCAAGGCGCCCUGCGGCCCCCAGACCCGCUGCUGGCUUCCGCCCGGGGGCCGGGAGGGGCAGUUACCCCGCGCCGGGCGGAGAGGGGGACCGCGGGCUCCCGUCGCCGAGGGGCCGGGGCGCAGCUCUGCCGCUGCCUCCACGUACCUUGUCACCUCGUUUGCCUCCGACCCUCCGAACCCUCCCGCCCCUCCCAGGGCCUGGCUGUCGGCGGCCCCGAGUCUCCCGCAGCCGGGGCGCCUGGGGCGCGGGGAGGGCCGGCACCCUCAGCACCGCACGGAAAGCGGGGCCCCAGCGCCGCCCCUCGCCCCUCGGCUGCUGACCACAGGAGGCCCCGCGAGCCCACGGCCGGGAUGCGGGGCGCAGAGCGACCCAAAGGGCGUGAGGCCGGGAGGAGGCCGCGGGGCGCGGGGACGGCGCCUGCGCGCACCAGGGGACCCGCGGGCGGGGCUGGGCGGGGAGGGCGCGCGUGCGCAGAGCAGCGGCAGGCGCAGGCGGGGUCGGGGUUCGUCCUCGGAGCGCCGGGGCGCCAGCGGGGGUCUAGGCAGGGGGGAGGGAGGCCAGUGCCAGGCAGCUGGGCCCGCCGUGGAGGGCCGCCGUGUGCCCUGGGGGGUCGCAGGGGGAGGCGCCACGGAGGCGGCGGCCAGGUGGGGGUCGGGGGGGUCCUGGGAGGACGAGCGGCCCGCGGGCCUGAGCCGACCGGACUCGGGAGCCCCGCCCACCCCUUCCCGGGGGGCCCAGCCCCACCCCCACGCCCUCCGCGAGUUCCGAGAGCGGGAUUGGCCGAGCCCUACGCAAGCUGCCUCGCCAUUGGCUAAGAAGUGGAGGGUGUCGCUCUCCGGAAUGAUCGGAGGUCACGUUGGUCCCGCCCCCGAGCCCGGGAGCGCCCCGGCCCCGGCAUGCGAUUGGCUAGCGCCAGCACGGUCAUCUCUGCAGGCUGGGCCUGGCGGUGCCGAGGAGGCCUCGGGCGGCGGCGGCGACGGCGGCGGCGGCGCGAGGGCAGGUGAGCUCCGAGGCGGGCCGGGGCCGGCCCUUGGUCCAGGCGGCUCCUCGCGGCGGGCUGCGGGCCGGGGGCUGCGCGGAGAAGCCGCGGGCGGCGGGGGAGCCGGGGACAGGCGGAACGGGCCCCCGGGCUUCCAACGGCCGCCGCCCCCGGCCCGCAGCCCGCGCGCUCGGCCCCUCAGAGGGCGGCUCGGGCCGGGGUCCCCCCACCUGGGCCCCGCGCCCCCGGCCCGUCCGUGUGUCCGGCCCCCGUGGGCGCGUCGGGCCUGCAGCCCUGUGGGUUGUGCGCGCUGCACCUGCGGGGGCGCUUGGCCCCUGCGGCCCCUCCCCAGCGUCCGCGCUCCUGCAGGAGGCCGGGCGGACCCGGGCACCCCCGGAGACCCCUCGCGGAUCCCCGGGGACGCCUCGCGGAGCCUUGCGCCCCCGGUCAGCACCCUUUCCUCGGUGCGACGCGCACCGGUUGCUCCCUAG